AUGUCUGAUGUAGAAAAACUCUGUUCAACGAUAGAAACUCGUCCUGAUAAUAAUUCUAUAGGUCGAUUAACACAUUUAUUAAAUACUGAUGAAACAAUUGAUCACGAAAAAAUUCUUAAUCAAUGUGGGAAAUAUUUAAGCGGAAUUAAUUUAGAAGAAUUUUUUGAAUUAAUACUUAAAAAAAAUCAAAUAAAUUUAGUCGAAAAAUAUCUUCGAAAUGUCGAAGAUAUUAGUGAAAAACAAUUAAUACAAUCAUUAAAUUUAUCAUUUGAUUAUUUAUUAUUAAUAUUAACAAAACGAUAUGAUUAUUGGUCGUUAACAAAUGCAAUGAAAUUAUAUUUCAAUUCAUCAAAAUCUGUUGAGCUCGGUGAACAACUAGUUUCAUAUCUGAUUCAUUUUCAGCAACCAACAUCAUCGAUAAUUGAUUGGCUUUGUGCAUUAAUUGAUGCACAUUUUUCAUCAUUUGUUCUUGCGAAAUGGAAUAAAAUUCAUUUAAUUGAGAAAUUUGUUCAAGAUCGUUUAAAUACAUUUGAUUUACUUCAAGGCCUCAACACAAUCAAAAAAACAACAUCAUCAACAACAACAACAACAAAUAAAAAGACUCUUGACAAUUUAUAUAUUCUUCAAAGGAUUCAUUUUAAAUAA